UCCCCGCCCGCGCCAUGCCAGCGCUCACCGGCCCGCUCCUGCUCCUGGCUCUCCUGGCUGCCCCGAGGCCAGGCCUGGCGGACGGCGAUGCCUCAGACUCAUCUUUUACACGUCUGCCUGUUCGAGAAGAAAUGAUGGCAAAAUACUCCAACCUUUCCUGGGAGACUCAUAACAUCUUGCUGACAGAACAUUCCAGUGAACCAGUAGAAAAAAAUAUCACCUUGGAAAGGCCUUCCUAUGUGGAACUCACAUGCCUGUUUACAACCUCUGGGGAUCUGAAUACAGUGAAUGUGACAUGGACAAAAGAUGGUGAGCCACUCGAGAAUAAACAUGCCAUCAAUGCAACAGGAAGCACCCUGCACGCCCAGUACACGUUCGCCGUCAUUACCCACAUGCAAAUGGGGAGCUAUUCUUGUUUCUUUGACGAGGAAAUGCAGCUAAGGGGGACGUUUCAUAUCAAAGUACCAAAAGUUCAUGGAAAAAACAAACCAUUGAUCACUUACGUGGGAGAUUCCACUGUCCUGAAGUGUGAGUGUCACGAAUGCGCCCCUGUGAAUUGGACCUGGUAUGCCAGUAACGGAAGUAUGCCGGUUCCUAUUGAUGCCCACAUGAGUGAUAAGUAUGACGUCAGUGGAGCCUAUGCUAAUGAGACCAAGCUCAAGAUAAAGAAUCUUCUGGAGGAGGACGGGGGAUCCUACUGGUGCCAGGCGGUAUUCCAGCUGGGUGACAGCAAGGAACACAUUGAACUUGUCGUGCUGAGCUUCUUGGUGCCCCUCAAACCGUUCCUGGCGAUCAUUGCCGAAGUGGUUCUCUUAGUGGCCAUUAUUCUGCUUUGUGAAGUGUACACGCAGAGGAGCAAGAAGGACCCAGAUGAUGGGAAAGAAUUUGAACAAAUUGAACAGUUGAAGUCAGAUGACAGCAAUGGCAUAGAAAACAAUGCCCCCAGGCUCAGAAAAAAUGAAUCUGUGGAGCAAUGAACGGAAAAGAUCAAGAGUCAUGGGAAGAUGUACAAAGAAUUCGUACUUCAGUCUUGUCUUUCCUUGUAAGAGCAUCUGAGGUUUAUUUUCUUAAAAGAAGAAAAUUUAUGCAACACAGACCCCAGCUUGUAAAUAGUAUAUGCCAUCACAUAUCCAAAGAUGUCUUUUCAUUUUGUAAUUGUUUUACAUUUAAGGCAAGGUAAACUAACCUAGGAUAAUAAAUUUCUUCCUGGUCUAGAAGACUGGGACACACAGAAGAGGCACCAGCAAAACUAGUUAAUAAUUCUUAGAACAAAUAUCACUAAAGACCUCUCUACAACCAAAGAAUUUACUAAAGAGAAGUCUUUUGCCAUUUGUCUUAACAAGCCCCCACCUUCCCACCCUGCUUGAUGUGAUUAUCUGUAGCAACAGUUGUAAUGAUUGUCACUCAAAGUGUAUCCUGUGAUGAUGAAAAUGUGUUUUCACUGAGGUGGAUUGUGCUCCUGAUAAUGAUGGAUACUCAACAAUGCCUACAGGAAGACACACUUUUAGUCCAUAAGUGUUUGGCAAGGGAAUAAAACCAUAUGCUUGCCGCAAA